AUCUUCAUCAUUAUUAAUUCCUUCAAACUUUGUUCCUGUUUCUCUAGUUUUGGUUCCCCUUUAGUUUCUUUCAUUUUCCUUGUUCAAUACUCAAGGGGAAUAAAACUCAUUCUUUUCUUUUUAUAUUAACAUUCUAAUACAUUCUGAAUUUCUAAACUUUUUUUUUGUGAGAAAGAUUUUGAUAGAUUAAAAAUUUGGGUCUAGGAUUUUACUUUAAAUAAAUAUACAUAUAAAAGGUAGAGAAAUGAGUUGCUUUUCAUGUUUCUCAAACCAAGAAAAGAAAGUACCAAGGAGGCCUAAUAACAACAAUAAAAACAAUGAAAAGAGGAUGCAAUAUCCUCCUACUCAAAUAUCUCCUAAGAAAGCACCUCAACCUCAACCUCAUCAACAAGAUAAUCAUUAUCGCAGGGCAAGGUCAAGCCCACAAGGAGAACCUAAAAUAAAUAAAGAGGCUAAGAAAGAAAAUGGUAGUGGUAACCACAUUUCUGCACAAUCAUUCACAUUCAGAGAAUUGGCUUCUAUCACAAGGAACUUUAGACAAGAAAAUCUAAUAGGUGAAGGUGGUUUUGGAAGAGUUUAUAGAGGAAGACUUGAAAAAACAAACCAGGAAGUAGCUGUGAAGCAACUUGACAGGAAUGGAUUGCAAGGGAAUAGAGAAUUUCUUGUUGAAGUUUUGAUGCUAAGCCUCUUACACCAUCGUAAUCUAGUGAAUCUAAUUGGAUAUUGUGCUGAUGGAGAGCAAAGACUAUUGGUAUAUGAGUACAUGCCAUUAGGAUCUCUUGAAGAUCAUCUACUAGAUCUUCCUCCAAAACAAAAGCCAUUAGAAUGGUUGAAAAGAAUGAAAGUAGCACUAGAUGCUGCAAAAGGUUUAGAAUAUUUGCAUGAUAGAGCGAAUCCACCAGUGAUAUACCGCGACUUGAAAUCCUCCAACAUUUUACUGGACAAUGAUUUUAAUGCAAAACUCUCUGAUUUUGGAUUGGCUAAACUUGGACCUACAGGUGACAAGUCGCAUGUUUCUUCAAGAGUAAUGGGAACUUACGGAUACUGUGCACCUGAGUAUCAAAGAACUGGUCAACUCACUGUUAAAUCAGAUAUUUACAGUUUUGGUGUUGUUUUGCUUGAAUUGAUUACUGGUAGGAGAACUAUUGAUAACACAAGACCUUUAAAGGAGCAAAAUCUUGUUUAUUGGGCGUAUCCGGUACUCAGGGAACCACCUAGGUAUACAGAAUUGGCAGAUCCAAAACUUGAAGGAAGCUUUCCAAUGAGAUCAUUACAUCAAGCAGUGGCAAUAGCAGCAAUGUGCCUAAACGAAGAACCAUCAGUGAGACCAUUGAUAAGUGAUGUUGUAACAGCUCUUAGUUUCCUUAAUCCAAUGAAUCAAGAUCAACCAGUUUUGUCACCGGUUGAUAUGCCAUCACCAACACAAGAAAAUAGCGCAGUGUUGAGUCUUCUUGACGAUGACAGUGCCGUCGAACGACAAAAAGCCCUUGAUGAAGCCAUUGAAUGGGGUUCAAAUACUAGGAAUAAACCAAGGCAUGACACUGCUUUAUCUAUGUAAAUCCGUUACAGCAACAAUAUAUACAUGUUGAUGAUAACCAUAAUUCUGUUUCAAACAAUGUAGCUCUACAUUUGUGACAUUUUUAAAGUUUAAUUAUCAAUUAUGAUCAAAGCACAAAUCGAGCAAAAAGAGAAGGAAGUUUCGACGCUCCAAAAAUUGUAUCAAAUAGGAGGAAAAGAACAUCUCAUGUCAAACAAUGAUGAAAUUGUAUCAAAUAGAAGGAAAAAAAACAUCUCAUGUCAAGACUUGCAUCUUAUACAACAAUGAUGAUUUUAGAGAUAAGUUUCUCUUCAAAGAUAUGGCUCA